AUGACGACGAUUACCACUACCGUUCCCAGGAUCAAUGUCCAUUUCUUUUAUAAACAAGUGAAUAAGAAGGACUUGGAAAAAGGUUUGGAAAAUGAAGCAGCUGUAGCUAAAGCAAAUGAGAUAAUUAAAGAUAUAAAAAGUGAAGGUGAAGCUGGACUACCUGAGUUAGGCUCACUAAGUGGUGCCACGGGUAGACCAAUUAAGAUUUUAGAUAAAAAAGGACAAUUCGUUUGUAUUAUCGGCGAAGAUAAAGGAGGUAAACCAAUUGAAGUUGAAUAUCAUAAACCAAAUGGAAAUAAUUUGUCAGGACAUUGGACUUUACCAGGAGGAAGAGAACCAGUUGAAAAUAAUACUGGAGAAAAUAAUUGUUUGUUUAAUGUUGUCGCAGUAAUCCAAAUGAAUUAA